AUGAAUAACUUCCAGGAUACUAUGGACCACACACAAGAAACUGAAAUUCUUAUAGCAACCCAAACAUAUUGCGUGGAGCGGCCCAUCUAUAGCUAUCCAGCCCUACAUGGGAAGCUACACAAGAAGGACAAAGUUUCUGACCCUAUUGGAGCUAAGUUAAAGCGGGCUUUUAGCUGUACGCCUAAGAAAAUAAGGAAUAUUAUCUAUAUGUUCUUGCCUAUAUGUGAAUGGUUGCCAGCUUAUAAACCAAGGGAAUAUGUAUUUGGGGACAUUGUCUCAGGCAUAAGUACAGGGGUGUUACACCUUCCUCAAGGUCUAGCUUUUGCAAUGUUGGCAGCUGUGCCUCCAGUAUUUGGCCUGUAUUCUUCAUUUUAUCCUGUUAUCCUGUAUUGUUUUUUUGGCACUUCCAAGCAUGUCUCCAUAGGUCCAUUUGCUGUGAUUAGCCUAAUGAUUGGUGGAGUGGCUGUCCGAUUAGUUCCAGAUGAGUACGUUGGUGUAGGAGGUGCUAAUUCAACUAAUAGCACAGAGGAAAGAGAUGCUCUGAGAGUAAAAGUUGCUAUGUCGGUAACUUUGCUUUCAGGAAUUAUUCAGUUUUGCUUGGGUGUCCUGAGGUUUGGAUUCGUGGCCAUCUACCUAACGGAGCCCUUGGUGCGUGGUUUCACAACUGCAGCAGCAGUACACGUCUUUACUUCCAUGUUAAAAUACCUGUUUGGCGUGAAGACAAAGCGACACAGUGGACCCUUUUCGGUUGUCUACAGUACUCUUGCUGUGAUAGCAAAUGUCAAAAAACUCAACAUAUGUUCCCUUGUUGUUGGAUUGAUGUGUUUUGCUUUGCUUCUGGGCGGCAAGGAGUUUAAUGAAAGAUUUAAAAAUAAAUUGCCAGCGCCUAUUCCUUUAGAGAUCGUCGCAGUGAUAGUAGGAACUGGCAUUUCAGCAGGAUUUAAUUUAGAAGAAUCCUACAAAGUGGAUGUUGUUGGAUCACUCCCACUGGGGUUAUUAGCUCCGGCUACCCCAGAUUCCAGCCUCUUUCACCUUAUCUAUGUUGAUGCUAUUGCCAUUGCAAUUGUUGGAUUUUCAGUGACCAUCUCAAUGGCCAAAAUGUUUGCAUCUAAACAUGGCUACCAAGUUGAUGGAAAUCAGGAACUCAUCGCCCUAGGAAUAUGCAAUACCAUUGGCUCACUUUUCCAGACCUUCUCCAUUUCAUGUUCCUUGUCUCGGAGUCUUGUUCAAGAGAGUACUGGAGGAAACACUCAGCUUGCAGGUUGUUUAGCCUCUUUAAUGAUUCUGUUGGUCAUAUUGGCCAUUGGCUUUCUCUUCGAAUCAUUGCCGCAGGCAGUGCUAUCAGCCAUCGUGAUUGUGAACUUGAAAGGAAUGUUUAUGCAGUUCUCAGAUCUCCCUUUUUUCUGGAGGACCAGCAAAAUAGAACUGACUAUUUGGCUUAGUACUUUUGUUUCCUCCCUGUUCCUUGGAUUAGACUAUGGUCUACUUACUGCAGUGAUAAUUGCUCUGAUGACUGUUAUUUACAGAACACAAAGUCCAACCUACACAGUUCUUGGUCAACUUCCCAACACAGAUGUAUAUAUAGAUAUAGAUGCAUAUGAAGAGGUGAAAGAGCAUGCUGGGAUAAAAAUAUUCCAAAUAAAUGCUCCAAUUUAUUAUGCCAAUAGUGACUUGUACAGUAAUGCACUAAAGAGGAAGACUGGAGUUGACCCAGCACUUAUAAUGGCAGCAAGGAGAAAAGUCCUGAAGAAGCAUGCCAAGGAAUUAGCGGCCCAAGGCAAACACAAACCUUCAGUUGUGAAAUUGGAUGAGGAUGCAGAAACAGGAGGAGAAGAAGAGACAAAACAAGAAGAAGAGAUUGAAGAAAAUGCAAAACCAAUGACAAUUGAGUCACUGGUCCAAAAAACAUUUCCAGAAGAACUGGAACGGUUUUUGCCCCCAGGACCUAAUGUUCACACUAUGAUUUUGGAUUUCUCACAAGUCAAUUUUAUUGAUUCAGUUGGAGUAAAAACUCUAUCAGGAAUCCUAAAAGAAUAUGGAGAUGUUGGUAUUUAUGUAUAUUUAGCUGCAUGCAGUGCCCAAGUUGUGAGUGACCUCACUCGAAACAUGUUUUUUGAGAAUCCCUUUGUAAAGGAGCUACUAUUCCACAGCAUUCACGAUGCAGUUUUAGGCGCAAAAGUUCGAGAAGCCCUUGCACAGCAAGAAACCUUAGCUACACCUCCAGAGGAGGACUCAGAGCCAAUUGUUGACACUGAGGAAUAG